CGCUGCUGAGCCACUGCGGCCGGGCCGCCCCCUGCGAGCCGCUGCGCUUCAACGUGUGCCUGGGCUCGGCGCUGCCCUACGGGGCCACCUCCACGCUGCUGGCCGGGGACUCGGACUCCCAGGAGGAAGCGCACGGCAAGCUCGUGCUCUGGUCGGGCCUCCGAAAUGCCCCCCGCUGCUGGGCAGUGAUCCAGCCCCUGCUGUGUGCCGUGUACAUGCCCAAGUGUGAGAAUGACCGGGUGGAGCUGCCCAGCCGCACCCUCUGCCAGGCCACCCGAGGUCCCUGUGCCAUCGUGGAGAGGGAGCGGGGCUGGCCCGACUUCCUGCGCUGCACGCCCGACCACUUCCCUGAAGGCUGCCCGAAUGAGGUGCAGAACAUCAAGUUCAACAGCUCGGGCCAGUGUGAGGCACCCUUGGUUCGGACUGACAACCCCAAGAGCUGGUACGAGGACGUGGAGGGAUGUGGGAUCCAGUGCCAGAACCCGCUCUUCACAGAAGCGGAGCACCAGGACAUGCACAGCUACAUCGCCACCUUCGGGGCCGUCACGGGCCUCUGCACGCUCUUCACUCUGGCCACCUUUGUGGCUGACUGGCGGAACUCGAAUCGGUACCCCGCAGUUAUUCUCUUCUACGUCAAUGCAUGUUUCUUUGUGGGCAGCAUUGGCUGGCUGGCCCAGUUCAUGGUGGGAGCCCGCCGGGAGAUCGUCUGCCGUGCAGAUGGGACCAUGAGGCUCGGGGAGCCCACCUCCAACGAGACCCUGUCCUGUGUCAUCAUCUUCGUCAUUGUGUACUAUGCCCUGAUGGCUGGCGUGGUCUGGUUUGUGGUCCUUACCUAUGCCUGGCACACCUCCUUCAAAGCCCUGGGCACCACCUACCAGCCUCUCUCCGGCAAGACCUCCUACUUCCACCUGCUCACCUGGUCACUCCCCUUUGUCCUCACUGUGGCAAUCCUCGCUGUGGCCCAGGUGGACGGGGACUCCGUGAGCGGCAUCUGUUUUGUUGGCUACAAGAACUACCGGUACCGUGCUGGCUUCGUGCUGGCCCCGAUUGGCCUGGUGCUGAUUGUGGGUGGCUACUUCCUCAUCCGGGGAGUCAUGACUCUGUUCUCCAUCAAGAGCAAUCAUCCCGGGCUGCUGAGUGAGAAGGCUGCCAGCAAGAUCAACGAGACCAUGCUGCGCCUGGGCAUUUUUGGCUUCCUGGCCUUUGGCUUUGUGCUCAUCACCUUCAGCUGCCACUUCUACGACUUCUUCAAUCAGGCCGAGUGGGAGCGCAGCUUCCGGGACUACGUGCUGUGCCAGGCCAAUGUGACCAUCGGGCUGCCCACCAAGAAGCCCAUCCCCGACUGUGAGAUCAAGAAUCGGCCUAGCCUCCUGGUGGAGAAAAUCAACCUGUUCGCCAUGUUUGGAACCGGCAUUGCCAUGAGCACCUGGGUCUGGACCAAGGCCACGCUGCUCAUCUGGAGGCGCACCUGGUGCAGGUUGACUGGGCAGAGUGAUGACGAGCCCAAGCGGAUUAAGAAGAGCAAGAUGAUCGCCAAGGCCUUCUCCAAGCGGCGUGAGCUGCUGCAGAACCCUGGCCAGGAGCUCUCCUUCAGCCUGCACACCGUCUCCCACGACGGGCCUGUGGCUGGUUUGGCCUUUGACCUCAAUGAACCCUCAGCCGAUGUCUCCUCUGCCUGGGCUCAGCAUGUCACCAAAAUGGUGGCCCGGAGAGGGGCCAUCCUGCCCCAGGAUGUGUCUGUCACUCCUGUGGCAACUCCAGUGCCCCCCGAGGAACAAGCCAACCUGUGGCUGGUUGAGGCAGAGAUCUCUCCAGAGCUGGAGAAGCGCCUGGGCCGGAAGAAGAAGCGGAGGAAGAGGAAGAAGGAGGUGUGCCCAUUGGUGCCACCCCCUGAGCUCCAGCACGCCACCCCCGCCCCUGCCCGCAGUGCCGUUCCUCGGCUGCCUCAGCUGCCCCGGCAGAAAUGCCUGGUGGCCACAGGCUCAUGGGGAGCUGGGGACUCCUGCCGACAGGGAGCCUGGACCUUGAUCUCCAACCCCUUCUGCCCAGAGCCCAGCCCCCUUCAGGAUCCCUUCCUGCCCAGCGCCCCGGCCCCCACGGCCUGGGCUCAGGGCCGCCGACAGGGCCUGGGGCCCAUUCACUCCCGCAUCAACCUGAUGGAGGCAGAGCUCAUGGAUGCAGACUCCGACUUCUGAGCUGCAGCUGGGCCUGGGCCAGGAAAGAGGAGCAGGGACCGUUCUGCACCUUCUCCUCGCCCUGAGUGUGCUUUCUGGGACCUCACCUUCCAGACAGCCUGGGGCAGGGGCCUGGGGAGAGUUCUGCCUUUGGCUCAGAGUAGCAGGACUGGGAAAGCCUGAUG